GUCACUUGGCAUUCUGGGACACAAACAUUGGUCGGUAUGAAUAACUGUAACAGCGACAGCAGCAUCCGUCGCGCAGAGAAGGAGACAGGACAAACAAGCGACUCGCCAGAAUGCAGCGGAGAGGAAAAACGGUCUUUUUAUGUCUCGUUUUUGUUGUCGCUGAGAGUGAGGCCCCUGUGGUUUAAUCUCUGAAAUGCAAACGUCGGACUUUAUGUGGUUAGCUAACGGCGGCAGCAAGUUAGCCCCGCAGUGAUUUGUGCCUGUCCGUUGGCUGGCGGCUCGGGGAAAACUGGUGAAGUAUUAAAAGUUCGCCCAGCUUCUUUUGUUCUGCCCACUGACUCGAUUUCGCUCGGAGCCGAGGGAGGACGACUCUGAACAUGGCGAGCGUCAGACACAGACGCAGCAAAACUUGCUUUUUAAAGUCGCUGGACUGGCAUAUCCCGCAGCUAGUUUACCCGAGAUAAGCGCCGGCGGAGCUGUCGCUCCGUGUAAUGGCAGUUGGCGUGGGAGCCGCGCAGCUGUGUGGUACCACCGCGGAUCUCGUCAUCGGGAAAACUUUCUAGGCUGGCUAUCCGGCCACCAUCCCAGCUGUCUCCGGGUCACCCGAGCCCCACCGCUGCUGGUCCCCAGAGGCGAUUUUGAGGGGCGGGGUGGGGGUACAACAUGUCAGGGGCCACGACCGUGCAGCUCUUCACCAAGCUUGUGAAGCACGGACUGGGCAAGACGCAGAUCCAGCUGAACCGCUGGCUGCAGAGGACCGCCGCGGAGGACUGCGAGAAAAUAGACAUCCUGAUAUGCGGCGCGUUUGAAGAGAGGAGCGUCGGGGCCGGGAAGUCGGAUGGGGACCCCGAUGUCAUCGCCGACGCAGCGGGGCCCCCCUUCAGCAGCAGCGGGGAGUUCAGACACCCAUGCUGCAUCACCACCUUCUGCUUCAAGAGCGCCCUGCUGGCCUGCAUCCUGACCGCCGUGUGCUUCUCGUCGGUCGGGCUGGUGCGGCAGUACCUCAAGGACCUCCUGCUCUGGGUGGAGAGCCUGGACAGCUUCGUGGGAGCCAUGCUCUUCAUAGUUGGGUUGAUCGUCGUUUCCUUUCCGUGCGGAUGGGGGUACAUUGUUCUGAACGUGGCGGCGGGCUACCUGUACGGCUUCGUGCUGGGCAUGGGACUGGUCAUGGUGGGCGUUUUGAUCGGGACCUUCGUGGCGCACCUGGUGUGUAAGCGGCUGCUGUCUGACUGGGUGCUGAACAAAGUCGGGAACAGCGACCAGCUCAGCGCUGUUAUACGAGUAGUGGAAGGAGGGAGCGGACUCAAAAUCGUGGCCUUAGCAAGACUCACCCCCAUACCGUUCGGACUCCAAAAUGCAGUUUUUUCGAUCACAGAUGUGUCCUUGCCAAACUACCUGGUGGCCUCCUCGGUGGGCCUGUUGCCCACGCAGCUCCUCAACUCCUACCUGGGCACCACCCUGCGCACCAUGGAGGACGUCAUCGCCGAGCAGAGCAUCAGCGGCUACUUUGUGUUCAGCCUGCAGAUCAUCAUCAGUAUUGGCCUGAUGUUCUACGUGGUCCACAGAGCUCAGGUUGAGCUGAACGCUGCCAUCGCUGCCUGCCAGAUGGAGCUGAAGUCGUCGCACAUGAACGGCUCCUCCACCAAUCACAGCGGCUUCUCGUACUGCAGCAAGAGGGCGACAGCCGGCGGCGGCAGCAGCUGCAUCAACGUGGUGUGACGGUCGACGUGAACGCGGGUUGCAGCUCCGAGGACCAGAGGAGUCGACUUUUAGGACUGCACAGCUUAAAGGGGAGCCCGCUGAGUUCUGGAGCCCGGAGCGUACCGCUGGCAAAGUUUACCAUUUCUCCGUCAUGACAGCGUCACAUUCGGGCGACAACCCGGAAAGUGUCUUUUGUUUCCGUAGUUUCUGUUGUAGAGAUGUUGGGACCACGCACCCUUUAAUAAAGACGGUGCUGUGAAAAUCCUCUGUUGGUAUAUCAUCUUAGGACCUUUUUAUUUGCUCGACUCGCUAAGGUACCUCUUAGUAUCCGCUGUUACGGGAGAUGUCAAUGAAACGGCGACUGUCGGAAAUAUCAGAGGAGACGUGAAACAAAGCUAGGCACCCGCCGCCUGGUGGCGUCGUUAUGAAUGUGCAAUUUGCCGCUUUCUAGAGAACCAAGAAAUUGAUUUUCUGUUGCCGACCUAUGCAGCUUUACUUCAUACGGUUCUGCUUUUGUUUCAUUUUAAGUGACUUUGUCUUCACCCAGUGCUCAAUGACCGUGUAAUAAUAAGGGCAUUAAUAAUACUUUUAGCUCAUUUGCUUUGCGUUGUUUUUAUUUUUUUUAUUUUUAAGUGCCCUCGUUUUGAAAAGUCUCCGAGCUCUUUCUGCUGGCUUAUUGCGCCCCGGCUGAGUCGCUUGGCUUUUCUGAGAUCAGUUUGUGCAGAGCUGCAGGAAGAAGAGCAGCUUCUGCAGCAGGACACUCAGGAAUGCUUCAUCCCCAAGAAGCUUAAGUGAAGUAUAAAGCCAGGAAAGGAUCCCUGCGUUGAAUUAUUGUCAGAUUUUCCUGGAAAAUCCCAGGAUUUCAUCUCACAUCUUUGUUUGAUUGACAUUUUUUAAGACUGAGUUUAAGGGUAAAAGUGUCAUUAGAAAAACUUCAAAAACAUCCUUUAUUGCAGUAAUGAAUUUUUUUUAUUUGAAACAUUUCAUUUCCAUUCCACGCAGAGGGAAAUAUUUUAAAGUGUUUAUUCCUGUUAAAUCGGAAAAUAAUGGCUUACUCCAAAUUCUGUUUCCAAGAAAAUUUAUGGAAUUAAUAAGGAUUUUUCAAUACAGAAAUGUUAUGAUGUUGCCUUGUUAUCGUCUAUACAAACUUACAGAAGACUCCUGGCAUAAAUAGGUCAUUAUUAAGGAGGCCGGCUCAUCACACAGGACUCCAUCCAAGCAUAUUCUUGGAAAGUCGAGUGGAAGGAAAACAUGUGAUGGAUUUCAUUUUCCAGCAGGACUUGACUCCUGCUCACACUGUCAAACUGACCGGUACUUGGAUUAAUAGCUGCAGAGUCACCGGUCUUUAUGGAUCAAAUCCAGCAAUGCAGAUGAGAGGAAAAUAAACCCUCCCCACCUCAGCAGAGCCGCGGGCUGAUUUACCUGUGGUUGACAAAGUAACCCGUGCAAAAGGAACCACAACCGAGUAUUCAGUCCAUAUACUUUACAGUGCAUGGGCAAACCUUUUGGUAAGCUGAUAUUACUAUAUUUAAAAUACUCUUUUAAACUGUACAAUGGGCUUUGCUGCACAAUCCCCUCAGCCUACUUCCACUAAACUUUCCUUUAAUGAUGCUUGGAUAGACAGCUUAGGCUUCUCCUCCUUGUGCAGAAUGACGAUGACUGACAACUCGGUAUUCUUCCCUGCAGCUGUGCAGGACGUGGCUUUCCUUUUGUUUAAAAAAAAAAAAGUUUUUUAAGGGACUUAUUUAAUAUUCUAGUUAAUUGAGAAAAUAAACUUUGCAUUUUCAUUAGCCGUAAGCUCUAACCACCGACAUUAAAAGAAACACUUGAAAUAUCCCCUCUGUGUUUAACGGAUCUAUACUGGAGUUUAGCUUUUACCUUAAAACACUUAGAUGAACUUUUAGCAGGUAUUUGAACUUUCUCAAGCUGCACGUAAGCUGUAAAUAGUUUUUUGUUUGAUCACAGAUCAGUGCAAUAUGUGACGAAAGAUUAACGAAGGGGCAUGAAUGUCGUAUUCAGUGCUGAAACCAAACAACUUAAUGCGUGCAGAGUAACCCAAACCGGAGUCGGCGUCUCCUUUUCGGUUUCUAAAGAAUGAAAUUAAGAUAAAAUAGAUUAUUUUUCUGUGCCGUAAAUGAGUAAAACCACCGACUUAACUUUAUUUUGCUACUUUGUCAUUGAUGAACCAAGCUUCUCGUUGCUGUAGAUUUCUUUGCACAGUCCGCCGAAACCGACUAACAAUAUUUUCAGAAAGGUGUCGUUUAACCUGGAAGGGGUUUGGUUGGUCACAAGUCUCAGAAGCUGACAAUCAAACACAACGUGGACACCAGGCGAUGAAUGUGACGCUACGUUUAGGUUUCGUUUUUACAUCUCUUAACGAUGCUGCUCCUCGGACAAAGUCUGGUCGAGGAACAAUAAGGGCUUCUAUCUAAAAUUCCCAUCUUGUUUUACCAGGACACCUGUUUUGUAAUCCUGGUUGAUCUUGUUUGGUUUUGGGUUUGUUUUUUUGUUUUUCCUCUUCUGUUUUUAUUUUAUUUUAAUUUAGUUUUUCUACAAACUUUCUGCUGGAAUCCAGAAUCGAUGUUUGUCCGGAAACAUUCCACGCCGUCAGUCCUCUUGAUAAGCUGUUAUUUUCCCCCCUUUUUGUUAAGUUUUUACUUUCAAUUGCCCCUUCCUGUUUGAAUUUAGCAAUAAUAUUCAGAGUAAAAAGCAAAAAGAACAAAAAAAACAAACAAAUAAAAUAACAAAAAGGGACAAAAAAAAUAAAGAUGUAUCUAAUAUGUCGAGCCAAGUGUCUGGAAUCCGGUUCAGCCCUGCUGUUGAAGAUGUUUGAAUCGUUGCGUCUGAGUUGGUAGUCGGACCUCUAUUUGACAUGUUUGUGUUCAACCUGCCUUUUACCUCCUGCUGCCUCUGAGGUUCUGUUGAGGCCGCGAAACGAAAAUGUGAGAGUUUGUAGCACUUUGCUCGGAGAGUCCCUGAAACUAAAGUUGAUUGACGUCUCACUGCUGUCGCACGAACAUCUUCAACCUCAGUCUGGAGCGCUUAAGGAGACCCAGGAGGAUACUUUCUUUCAUUUUCACAACGUUCCGUUUGAAAAGCAUGGCGAAAACGUGUUGUUCUCCCAAAACGAUAAUGUGAUUCAAGAAACGAGAGGUGGAAGAUUUAUCAUAUGCAGUCUACCAGCUGGGACUUUAACACAUUUGGGAUGGUGGGACGGGGUUUUUGGGUAGAAAUGUUGGUUCUUCCUAGCUGGGCUCUACUUAACUUUAGAUCUAGUUAUGCAACAACUGAUUCCUGACGGAAGUGUAUUUCAUAGAGAACCACAGAGGACCUGACUCUGCACACCUGAGCUGUUCUGGAGAGCAGCUGGGUGAUUAACGAAACGAGACGAGGGUCCGGUUUGGUGCUAUGAAAUGCAAUACUUCCCCAUUUGUAUCAAGUGCAUUACACAUAUGCUGUAUUUUUUAAUACAGACUUUUACAGUGUAUAAAUAUUAUUUAUCACUGUACAAAGCUUGUUCAGUGUUAUUUAUGAAAGACAAAAUAAAACUUGACAGACUUGUUA